AUAUGUGUGUUUCUAAAUAUAAUAAACAAAAACUUAUUUUGCAUGCGAUUAAUCAAACUAAUACAGCACUAAAACAAAUAAAUAUUAGUACUGUAUAUUGAUAAUUUAAGGUUUAUUGUGAGGGGGGAAACGAUUCAAUGCAAUGCACGAUAUUUCUAAAAUAUUACGUAUGCGCGAGUCUUGAAUUAUUGAUAACAGCAUAUUAAGUUUCUAUUAGAUUUCAGAAAAGAUCCCGCAGCAAAAAGACAAAUUUAAUGAGCCGAAGAAUUUUUUUGAAAACUGACGUUCAUGGCAGGAGGCAUGUGGUUUUGAUCAUGUUGAUAACGUAUCGAAUACGACCUUGUGGGAUUUAAUUGUAUGGUCAGAUUUUCUUUUUCACAAGAUUUCACUUUAUUAUAAGGGCGUUUUCUGCUCUGUUCACGUCUUUUAAAUGAAUACGAAUGCGUAUCGCAGUCAUGCGGCGCUCGUAGUUUUCCUCCGGUCUAAACAAGGAAAUCACAUGCCAGGUUUUUCAGAGAAUUCGCCUUCAUAUGUUUCCCGGAAGAUUUAAUGCACUGCGCUCGCUGUGUUUUUAUUACGUGGCUGAAGUCAUGGAGGAGCUGGAUCCGGAGGAGCAGUUCCUCAGGGACGCCAGGAACGGGAACCUAGCGGGGAUCCAGAAGCUUCUGAUGUCCAAAAUAAAGGAGGAGGCCAAACUUGACAUCAACUGCAAGGGCAAGAGCAAAUCCAAUCAUGGAUGGACUCCUCUUCAUCUGGCCUGCUACUUCGGACAUAAGGAUGUAGUUGAGGCCUUGCUGAAGGCUGGAGCGGACGCCAGUUUGCCAAAUAAUGUCGGAGAUACGCCUCUACAUAAAGCAGCAUUCACCGGGAGAAAAGAGGUUGUAAUGUUGCUCCUUCAGCACGACGCUUGCGCUUCUGUCAUCAACGGGAUGGCCCAGAUACCUAAAGACAUUACCCAGAGCGCUGAGAUUAAAAGCAUGUUGGAGGCUGCCGAGAGGACCGAAGAGAGGAAGCUGGAGGAGCAGCUGCUGGAGGCGGCGCGGGAAGGAGCCGUAUCUACCCUCACCAGACUGCUAAACAUGAAGAAACCCCCGAACAUUAAUUGCACAGACUUGUUGGGAAACACCCCGCUGCAUUGCGCCGCUUACAGAGGCCAGAAACAGUGCGCCGUCAAACUCCUGCAGCACAAGGCCAACCCCAACAUCAAGAACAAAAUCGAUCAGACUGUUUUCGAUUUGGCUAACGAUGCAGAAAUGAAGCAGAUCAUUACUGGAAAUGUUAUGAAAGGUAUGACUCGACAUGUUAAAAUGUUCGAGGGGCCUCUUUGGAAGACUUCAAGGUUUUUCGGCUGGCGCUCCUACUGGGUAGUGCUUCAGGACGGGGUCUUGUCAUGGUACCCUAAACAGUCAGAUGCAGAAUCAAACACACACCGACAAGGUUGCAAACCGCUAACACAAGCACACUGCAUGGUUAAAGAGAAAGAUAGCAGCUAUUUCACGAUCAAGUGCUUUGACGACAGCGUCCACCAUUUCAAAGUGUCACAGAAGAACGACCCUGAAGCCACCAGAAAAAGGUGGCUGGAGGCCAUAGAGGAACAUUCAGCGUUCAGCACUCAUUACUGCUCACAAGACCCGGACAGCGAGGAAGAGGAAGACAACGGUGUGUCUGUACAUGAGCUUUCUGACUCACUUCAGCGGGCCGAGGCGUGCCAUCAGAGACUGGAGACCGAGAUGCUGGCCCUCCUGUCCGUGGUCAAAGAAGAUGGCCUGGCCGAACGAUUCCCCGCAGCCGUAGUUCAGAAGCUGAAGGAGGUCUGCGAAGCCUCCAGCGAAACCUGCUCCUCACUGCACCAGUGUCUGGGGCUUUUUUACAAACAGGAAGGAGCACGCAGUUUGAAACUGGAACAGGAAGUAGAGAAGAAUAAAAUCCUGUCAGAGGCUCUGCAGACGCUGGCCACUGAACAUCACGAGCUGGAGCAGUCGGUGGUCAAGGGAUCGUCGCCCCGCAGCGUCCUGAGCGAAGACGAGUUCUACGACGCUCUAUCCGAUUCGGACUCUGAGCCCUCGCUGAGCGCUUCCGAGACGGCGGGCCACUCGCACGAAGACGGAGAGGACCUCAAGUCCGAGCUCUACUGCAGCAUCUCGAGCGACCUCGGCGGCAGGAUGUCCCGGGAAGACCGUCGUGGAGAGGAAGAGGACGACGAUGAGGUGGCCAGAGUGAACGGAGUGAGGAGGCACAGGACUAGUUUACCAGCUCCCAUGUUCUCCAGAAAUGACUUCAGCAUCUGGAGCAUACUGAGGAAGUGCAUUGGGAUGGAGCUGUCUAAGAUCACCAUGCCUGUCAUUUUUAAUGAGCCGCUGAGCUUUCUACAGAGACUGACAGAAUAUAUGGAGCACACGUACCUCAUCCAUCAGGCCAAUGCUUCAGACGACUCUAUUGAGAGAAUGAAGUGUGUGGCCGCGUUUGCCGUAUCAGCCGUGGCGUCUCAGUGGGAAAGGACGGGUAAACCCUUCAACCCCCUGCUAGGAGAAACCUAUGAGUUAGUCAGGGACGAUCUCGGUUUCCGGCUGAUUUCAGAACAAGUGAGCCACCAUCCUCCCAUCAGCGCUUUUCACGCGGAGGGUUUGCAGAAGGACUUCGUGUUUCACGGCUCCAUCUACCCCAAACUGAAGUUCUGGGGCAAAAGCGUGGAGGCCGAACCUAAGGGCAUCAUCACUCUAGAGCUCCCCAAGCAUAACGAGGCCUACACGUGGAUGAACCCCACGUGUUGUGUGCACAACAUCAUCGUGGGACAGCUGUGGAUCGAACAGUACGGCAACGUGGAGGUCAUCAAUCACAGGACCGGUGAAAAGUGCUGCCUGAGUUUCAAACCGUGCGGCCUUUUCGGUAAAGAGUUACAUAAGGUUGAGGGCUACAUCCUGGACAAGAGCAAAAAGAAAGUGUGCAACCUUUACGGGAAAUGGACGGAGUGCAUGUACAUAGUCGACCCGGCUGCAUUUGAAACUCACAAGAAGAACGAUAAGAAAGCGUCAGAAGACAAGAAAAGCAGUAAACAGUCAUCUCAGACGUCAGACUCGGAGGAAACGCCUCAGCCGGGUGGAGAUUCACUGGAGGUGAUCCCAGGAAGUCAGCUGCUCUGGAGAAUAGCACCUAGGCCAGUCAACUCUGCCCAGAUGUACAGCUUCACUACAUUCGCAAUGCAGCUCAACGAGCUGGACAAAGAGAUCGAAGCGGUCAUCCCAAAGACGGACAGCAGACUGAGACCGGACAUACGAGCCAUGGAGAACGGAGACAUCGACCUGGCCAGCGAGGAGAAGAAGAGAUUGGAGGAGAAACAGAGGGCGGCGCGUAAGAACCGCUCCAAGUCGGAUGACGAGUGGAAGACAAGAAACGUCGUCUCAGGCCCAAGGUGGUUUCACCAAGGUCCAAAUCCACACAAUGGCUCUCAGGACUGGCUGUUCUCCAACAUCUACUGGGACAGAGAUUAUUCCCAAGUACCGGACAUCUACUGACCUGCAGGAAACCUGCAUCAAUAAAUUGUAUAGUCAAGACAAAAAUGAUGAAACCCUGGGCUGGCUGGCCAGGUGAACAUUUCAAAUAUUAUAAAUAAUAUACUGUUUUUAAGAGAAACUUUAUUUUAAACUCCUUUUAAAUUUAGUUUGACGAGGUUUAAAUGCAUAUGCAACGAUCAAGGGUUUUAAUAACGACCGAUUGUGACAAGUUGGGUUUCAUCAGUUAUAUAGGUGUACUGUAAUAGCAAUAAUGGUCCUGUUUUAGUCUUACGAAAAAGAUUUUGUUAGCAGCGGGAGAUUUUUGGGUGUCCCCCAAGGCUCAAGCCCGAGUCCGUUUAGUUUUCUGUUCAUUGGCAAAAAAACAAACUAGGUAUUUCUUAAAACCUUCCCUUUGUGUUGAGUGUGGAAUGUGGUAUAAAACAACUGGUUGUGAAAAUAAUUGUUACGCUUUUUAAAAAUUCAGAAUUCAUAUUUCCCCCCACAUGCAAUACAGUAUUAGGACAGUGUCUCUAUUUCUGCUGCUCUUUCUGUUGUGAUGUUUUUGGGUUUUUUUGGAGACACCUCUGGUAUCACUAAUAUAUUGACUAACGUCUUUUGUUAUGUUACAAUAUAACAAUCCUAAUUUAAUUAUGUAUUUAUCACGAGUUAAUUAUUAAUCUAUUUUAAAGUAUAUAGCUGGUCAGGAACACGAAGCGGUCUACUUUUAACUCCUGUAUCAGUUUAUUUUGUGUGUUGUAUGUUUUUGUGUGUAUAUUUUCUAGAUUUAUCCAACAAAAUGCCUACAGAUGAUCAGAAAAAGGCACAUAAAAGGCAUUAAAGGUUGUAUUUAGAUCACAUCUAAAGAAAUAAAAACCUAAAAGAGG